AAUCCCAUGAAACCUCUUUCCAAAAUCAAAGUACAGGUAAUCGAACUCAUCGUCUAAUUCCCCCCCUAUUUAUGCAUGGCUAAUCCCGCUAACGUGCGCCCAAGUGACCGACCACCACCUAAAGAGGUUCAACCACCCACAACCACCUCUCCCUCGCCGCGGGAACGCAGCAGGAUGUCCGGCAAGCAUCUGGUUUUUCGAGGAAUCCGGUGCCGGAAUGGAAAAUGGGUGUCGGAGAUACGCGAGCCACGUAAGACCACUCGGAUUUGGCUCGGUACGUACCCGACACCCGAAACGGCGGCGGCUGCAUAUGACGUGGCAGCGCUUGCCUUAAAAGGCCCCGCUGCCACCCUAAACUUCCCCGAAUCAGCGCUUUGGUAUCCCAUUCCGGCUUCUUCAUCCGCGAGUGAUAUACGCGACGCCGCUGCCGCUGCUGCGGCAGCCAGACAACAUUUAUCAAUGCAAACAAGGUCCGGAAGUGAGGACACGUGUCAAGAGGGUGGCACGUCGUCGGGCUGCGGGCAAGAGUUUUUUGACGAGGAGGAGAUUUUCGACAUGCCAAAUUUGAUGGCGGAGAUGGCGGAGGGAAUGCUGCUAAGCCCGCCGAGGACAGAGUGGCCGUCGACGGAGGAAUCCGCGGGCAAUUCAGAUGGAGAAAGGCUAUGGAGUUAUCCGCGGCCAUAAAUAGUUGAAGCAAAUAGUUACGUACGUAGUCAUGUUAUGGUACUAGAAUUGUGUGGGACUGUGGCUAGUACUAGGUUUUCUUAUUUUUAGCUUUUAGUGUAUAAAGUAGUACUAGCUGAUAAUUGGCUGCUUAAUGAGAUCAUAUAUCUAUGGUCAUUAUUUAAUCAGA